UAACUAACUCGUGUAACAUUGAUCAGAGGAUUAGGUUUCAAGGUACCUUAUUUGAGUUGGAUUAGGAUUUUGAAAAGCUUUAUAUAAUAAUAAUAAUAAGAUAGGGGAGAAUAUGGGUGAAUUUUGCUCUGGCUCAAAGAAAGAAACCCUAAGAAUGGGAUCGGAUAUGGAGAAGAAUCAAAAGCAAACGAGUUUCACGUUUGAGAUAGACAACUUGUGGGAGAGAGAAGAUGUGAUAUCGUCUCCUAUAUUCUUAAGCGGUGGCUGCGAAUGGUUUGUUCAAGUUUAUCCCAAAGGAUACGGUACUGUUGUUGAAGAUCACUUGGCUCUAUUGUUCUGCGCUCAGUUCACAAAAUGGGGUGAGUCAAGGGGCUUGCCUCUUAAAGAUAAAUGGAUCCUGGAGAAGAACAAACUGAUCAUUAAAGUCGAUAUAAAAGUAGUUGAAGUUGUUGAUGAAGCAGAAGUAACUGGCAAGGAGAUGUUAGAUCUGUCUGGUUUCCAAAUUUUUUAUUCCCAGAUACGUGGAACGAUGUCUGCAGCUGAAAAUUCCUCGUUUUCAUUCAAUGGGUUUGCUAUAUCUCCCAGUUUUGGCAAGAGUGUUGCUCUGUUUGGGGAUUCGAAGCUGGUCAAUGACAGUUCUUUGAUUCAGCUGACUGACUCAGUGACUGGAAGCGUUGGACGAGUCGUUUACAAGAAACCCAUCAAUCUUUUCCAAGGUAAACAGAGGAAUUCGAGAUCUUUCUCGACUCACUUCUCGUUUUCUUCCAUGUCCAGUGAUAUUAGUGAUGGUGCCUUGGCUUUUGUAAUGGUUCCAAGUAGUUUGGAUCUUAGUCUGUUUGGUAACAAGGACAACAGUUCCUCUGCUUUAGGGUUCCUAUCACAAUAUGCAAAGAACGAGACAGUUGUUGCUGUUGAGUUUAGUAUCUCCAAGACAGGAAACCGUGCAAGAAUCUUAAUUGGUAGACCUGAAUCUGCUGAAAUUAGAAACCUUUCGUUUGUGGGUGACUUGAUGAUGAACAAUGGAGGGACUUUGAACUGUAUGAUUGAGUAUGAGGCAAGUUCUAAGAGAAUGAUGGUUCGUUUCAGAAACUCUGGUUCGAUAAAGCUGUUUGAUCCAUUCUUCUCUUUCUCGGUAGACUUGGCCAAGUUAUGGAAAGAUGGUGAAGUCACUGUGGGUUUAAGCUCUGCCAAUGGGAACUCUUCCAAGCCACAUUUUCUCCAUUCAUGGAGCUUUGAAAUAAGGCAUCCUCCUCCGAUGUGGAUGCAUUCAGAGCCGCUUGAACCGAAUGAAGUCUCAAAGGAGGAAGAUGGUCGAGGGACAAGUGAGUGUAUAUGGAAGAUGUUUGGUGCUUUGGUUUUUGGUGCAGCUUGUGGAGCCUUAGGGACAAUGCUUGCUUUGUAUAUCUGGACGAUAUGCCGUGUUAGGCGGUCAAUGGCCGUGGUUCCUGAGGAAUGUGCUAUUGAACAAGGCAAGAAGUAGUGAGUAAGUAGUUUGGUUUUGUUUUGAAAAGUUGUCCUGCGUUGUGGUGUAAAUUUAGGAACUUCUUCUUCUUCUUCCCUCUUGUUUUACCUGAUCGUUCUUUAGUUAUUCUUAUGUUUGUGUACUUAGUUGCAGGUUUUGUGGUAUGACUUUUCACAUGUAAAAUCUAAACUGUGAGAAGAUGUAAGCUUAUUGAUAUGUUGCACAAUUAACUUAGUUGUUGAUGUUGUUCUUGAUCCAUUUGGAUUAUGAGUUGUGCAUUUAACUGUUUUUCUAUUUCUGGAUCGGAAUCAAGAACCAGGACCCACUUUGUCUUCUUCUCACUUUGAUGUUUUAUUGCAACAGAUGAAUGUGAAUUGAGUACAGAAAAAGUCUCGUGAACAGAGUUGAAAUGUCUAGAAACAACUCAGCAUUCACAUGUGUCAUCCAUCAGUUGUCACUUGCUUCUAUGUCGCUUAUAAGUCUCCACCAGAAGAAAGAGACUGAUGUAAUGUGAAUCAAAACUCAGCAUGGGACACAAACAAAAGGAAAGCAGAUAAUAAAAAGAUAAUGUGACU